CCCCAGCAGCAGGUGCAGCAGCGGCAGGCGGCCAACCUGCGCGAGCGGAGGCGGAUGCAGAGCAUCAACGACGCGUUCGAAGGGCUGCGCGCGCACAUCCCCACCCUGCCCUACGAGAAGCGGCUGUCCAAGGUGGACACGCUGAAGUUGGCCAUCGGCUACAUCAACUUCCUGAGCGAGUUGGUGGCGUCGGACCGUGCAGGGGCGGCAGGAGGCGUCGGCGGCGGCGCCGGGGGUGGACUCGGCGGUGGCGGGUUGCGCGGCGUGGGCCACGGCCCGCUGCGCGAUCAGCCCAAGAAGGUCAUCCUCAGGGGAGGCUUCGGCUGCCCGUUCACGGCGCAUUCACUAUCGUGGUCGAGCAGCCGGUCGGAGCGCACGCCCACCGCCGCCGGGCUGAUGUUCGCAAAGGUGUGGACUCCAGAGGACCCCAGGGCUGCCAGCAAGGCCGCCUCGGCUGUGCCAGCCGGCGACGCCCCCACGCCGGCGCCGCAGCGCUUCUGACACCAGGUCGCGGUUUCACACAUCCUCUGACUGAAUUACGGAGUGAAUCCUCGCGUCGCUGUGCAGUGUGGACUUCUUCUGUCACAAAUGGCUGGGAGAUCACUGCAGAGACUGAAAGAAGUGGCAGAUUGGACACGCCAUCGGCAGUGUCGUUCACGGCCGUGGAUUCAGCUCAAGUUAGCCCUGUGAGGGACAGUGUGCAUGCUGUUUUGCUAUACCGUCGUCGUAAAUUGUUCAGCUCUCUGAGUAAUGGAAGGGAUGUACCUAAGGAGAAAUGUUACGAAGGUCUUAUUGUGGCAGUGAAUGGCUAGCAGCCAGUGAACAGAGAGAAGCGUCGUCUACAAACACUGAAAUCUCUAGUCACACGUACCGACAAAUUACCUAGGAUGUUUUGCUGCGUGAUCUGGCGUGUUCAGAAUUCAUUGUCUCCACUAGCUUGUUACUGAGCGGUCCCUAGAGUGGCUGACUGGUUGCGAACACAAAGAGUUUCCACAUCUACAUCCAUAUUCCGUGUACCACCUUAUAGUGUAUGAUGGAGGGUACUUUUAUUGCCGCUAUUAUUUCGCACCCUUUGCUCUUCCGUUCGCGAACGCCGCGUGGGAAGAAUGAUUGUCAGUAACCUUUCUGUAUGUCCUUUUUAUUAGUAUUGAGACUUUCCCCGUGUAUUUCUUAACUGUAAACUACUUUCAAUACAGUCAUAUUCAUGCAUUUGUCUGUUCAAGCCAGCGACCUUAUCGCAGUGGUAAUACCGGCCAGAUCACCGAAGUUAAGCGCUAUCGGGCUGGGCUAGCACUUGGAUGGGUGACCGUGCGUUCUGCCGAGCGCUGUUGGCAAGCGGGGUGCACUCAACCCUCGUGCGGGUAAUUGAGGAGCUACUUGAGGGACAAGAAGCGGCUCCGGUCACGAAAACUGACAACAGCUGGGAUAACUCUGUGCUGACCGUGUGCCCCUCCUUAUUCGCAUCCAGUGACGCCUGUCUGUGAGGAUGACACGGCGGCCGGUCGGUGCCGUUGGACCUUCAACGUCUGUACGGACGGUGUUAAGUUUAUUUUAUUUGUCUGUUCAAGGGCAGGUUGUGCUGUACCCUUAUUACCAUCACGUGCUUCUCUCGCAUACUUUCCUACACAUGUCGUUAUGGCUGUUGCUGCCUAGUAACACAUGUUUAAACACGUAAAUAAGAAAGAAACAGUGGCGGCCGGUGCAAACUUUUACAGGUGUGCAACAAUAUUAUGAAAAUAAACAGAAAACAAAAUCAUAAAAAAUUUAUCACAAUAAAAACUAGUACUCCAGACAAAAAAUGAAGUCUGGGACAAUUCUAGUGUCCGAUUCCACUCGGCGGCUUUGGGCAACAACGUCAGAGACGCCACAUAGAGGCAAUCUUUGAAAGCAACGGAUCAUAUUAGUAAACAAAUGAAUGUAGCACACGUUAAAAUUACAAACACAGUUCACAUGAUUAAUUA